GUAGCAUGUAAAUGCAGGUCUUCGAAUCUGGAAGUAGCAAGUUGUUUGGGAGAUAUUAAGCUAAGGAGCCACUCAGCCUGUCGUGUUUCAUGUCUUAACGAGAUAGAUCCGGACAGCUCAAGUGAAUCUUCUCUCAAUGGGGCAGUAGAAUUGCUCUCUUAUGUGGCAAGGCAAGGAGAAGAGAUUGGUUUUGGGAUGCCUUGUCUUCUGAUUGCGGCCAAAAAUGAUCUAGGAUCAAGUUCAACGUCAAACAGGGAUCCAACCAAGAUUUGUGUGGAUAUGGGGAUCGAUGCACCUAUUCCCAUAAGUGUGAAAGAAAGAGGUAUAAAUGAUGUCUUCUCCAGAAUUGUGAAUGCAGCUCAGCAGCCUCAUCUCAAUGUUCCUGAAACUGAUCAAAAGCGAUGGAGAAGCCCGACGUAGCUGCCCUGCCAAGAUAUGGGGAGGAAGACUACGACAUCCUCGAGAACUGUAUCUGUGCGUUGAGCAACUCGAACCGGAAGAAGUGCUCGCGCAGGCUUGCCAAGUCUCAGAUUCUGGUGUGAUGCUUUCAAUCACCACUGCUGUACAGAAGAUACCAUAGUUUUUGUUUAAAAUGUUGUAUACUAAUACAGGAAAGGGUAUAAUAACAAUAACUUAACUAUUAUGAUAUUUACAUAUAAACAUAUUGUUGGAUAUUAAACAAUGUCGAAUGUAUUUUAAAUUAUGUUGUGAUU